UUCAGUUACUUUAUAAAUUAACCUCAUGGUGUAAUGCGCUCUGAAACAUUUCUAUUUUAGGUUAAAGUCGCAACUACAAGCCCAGAAUCCCUCACGCUCAUAUACGUCAUAUCCUGAAAGUCUGCCCGAGGCAUUUCCGCCGGCCCUGCGUUCCCCGUAUCUCCAGUCAGUGGGUGUGGUUCCGGCGCCCCCUGGUGUCGGUACGGCCUGGUGUGUCGGGGUCUGAGGUUUAAUACGACAUUUACAGUUGGUUGUGACAAUGCAGCUCCUUAUCUCAAGAUGCUUCAAUCAAAGAUUUUUUGCUACACCUAGCAAGACAGCCUCUCUGUUGUUAAGAUUUGGGUGUCUGCAACAAAGGCUCUAUAAUGAGAAGAGAAACUAUUGGCAAUACUUGAAACAAAAAAUUAUAAAGAAACCAUCACCACCCUACCAACAUGUUUGCCAAGUGGGAGACCCAAUCCUACGCUCCAAAGCUUCGCCUGUUAAUACCUCUGAACUCCAUAGCCCACAGAUGGCAAAACUGAUCAGAACUCUGGUGAUGGUCAUGCGGGAGAAGAAUUGCAUUGGUUUAAGUGCUCCACAGAUUGGUGUCCCCCUCCAGGUCAUAGCAAUGGAAUUCACAGAGCAGAUCUUUCAGACAAACCGUCCCAGUAUGAGGCAAAUAAAGGAAAUGAACCCAUUUUCGCUGAAGAUCUUUAUAAACCCCAGUGUUCGAGUUUUGGAUUCACGAACAGUCCAGUUCCCUGAGGGUUGUGAAAGUAUAUCUGGCUUCGCAGCCUGUGUGCCCCGCUACCAUGCUGUAGAAAUUAUGGGUUUGAACGAACAUGGACAGCCAAUCGUAUGGCAGACUUCAGGUUGGACAGCUCGCAUUGUCCAACAUGAAAUGGACCAUUUAAAUGGCAUACUUUACAUCGAUAAAAUGGAUAGUAAAACAUUCCUGAACAUUAACUGGAUUGUAUUGAACGAAUAAAACUACUCCAUAGAAAAGUCUUGAUCAAUGUGUGUGAAGAGGCCAAAAGGUGGAGGGGGCAACAACAUUGUGACAUCUCAUUUCCAACCUCCAGCUAACAAAGACAUUCAACUAAAUAAUCUUAUGAGAAAAUUGAAUGGAAAGAAAAUCUAGUCACCGUUCACAUCUACACUGAUUGCCUUUGUUGCACUGACACCUUGAACUGCAAAUCUACCAUACUCACUGUGGUUAUCUAUGCUGUAAUUCCCUUCCUCACAUUUGGUCUGCCCAAGAUUGCUUUUCUUCACCUCUUCUACAAGGCCCGCCACUGUUCCUAUCUUGAAGCAGAUGCUACUGAAACCUUAAUUCACACUUUUAUCUCCUGCCUAGUCUUUUCUUAUCCAUUAUUUAUGAUCUCCCUAGAUCCUUGCUAAAAACUCCAGCUAAUCCAUAACUCUGCCACCCACAUCCUUACCUAUUCCAAAUCUUGGGAUACCCAUCACCUCAGCUUCCCCAGGCACCACUGGUUUCUUGACUCCCAAUUUACUCUCACCUAUAAAUCCUC